AUUGUGUUUAGAUAUUUUACCAGAUCUGACUUCUGCGAUUUUUAUAUAAAAAAGUUUUAUUUGUUUUAGAUAUUUUUCUUUUAUUAUGCCUUAAUUUAAUCUGACUGUAAUAGAAGUCUAUAUUACUAUGAAUAUACAACCUCACUGUAAAGCCAGCAAGCACUAAGAAACAGUUGAUUCUGGCUUAUGUUAUAGGCGAUUGAAGUUUCUUCACAUGACAUGUCUGUGUAUUGUUGCCGCUGGCCCACACAGGAAUAUUUUUAAACAACAGUGGUUUAGGCUCAUAAGACUGACCCUUUGUUGUGUAUAUUAAUGCAUUGUAUGUAAGCCUCUUACUUGACUAUGGAAGGUAAGAUUAUAUUUACACGUUUAACUUACAACUGCGAGUGGUUUCAAGUGGUAUAUUUGAGGGUUUAGGAACAGAGCGAACGAUGUGGAACAACUCCGAACAGGAGAUGUGGAACAACGGAGCAAUUGAUCCGCCUGGAACCAGCGGAGGACCGCCGCUAGCACCGCCGGGGACUGGAGGUGUUGGUGGGUCGAUUCCGCCACCGCCGGCUGCUCAACCGUCGUACACUGUGUUGCCGUCUCCGGCUGAAGCAGAGGGUUUUCUGCAAAUUCAAGAGCCGAAGAUGUUACAAAUGGGAUUGAUGGAACUGGGCUUACUGGUUGAUAGAAGAUACAAACAAUAUUAUCAUCAAAUGCAGAUAAUUAUAUCAUCAUUUUAAGUAAUUGCUGAAGGUGGAGUAGCAAAAACCUACACAUCACUCGCACUCGAGACCAAUUCAUGCCGUUUUCGGUGCUUGAGAGAUGCAAUCGACAGCCAGGUAACACGUUUUCA